UAAGUGAGUGCUGAGCUGAAGGAGGGAGUAGAUAGAAGGGGUUGGACAGAGGCUUGCCAAAUCAGAUGAGUGAGCAUUUGGGAGGAGAGAGCUCGGAAAGUGAAAAAGGAGCCGACUGCAAAGCAAAAAGGGGGGAGAAAAAAAAGAGAGCGAGCGCGGAGGAAGUAUGAGAGAGAGAGACAGUGUUACAGGAAAAAAAAAAAGAGGCCAAAGGAGAGUAAAAAAAAAAAAAAGACGACGAGAGAGUGGGUGAGGCUGAUAUAAAAGGAUAAAAGGGCGGGCUGUGGUUAGUGUCACAUGAUCUGCUUUCUGGUUGGUGCCUGGUGAGCUCCAGGUGGCAGCGAGACCACAGUAGAUGCAAAACGAAGGAAGGAGAAAUACAACCACCCUCUCCCGCCUUACAAAUCUCUCCUUCCACUCUUUUCUUUUUUCUUUCUUUCUUUCUCUCUCUCUCUUCCUCUGUGUGUCCCAAAGGAAUUCUCCCCGAUCCCGGUCGCCCCCUCUCCUCCUCCUCCGCUCCUGGCCCGACGAGGCCGGGGAAUGUCCCGGCGGCGAGAUGCCUUAUGUGGACCGACAGAACCGCAUCUGUGGUUUCCUGGACAUCGAGGAGAACGAGAACAGCGGCAAGUUCCUGCGACGCUACUUCAUCCUGGACACACAGCAGGGGAGCCUGGUGUGGUUCAUGGAUAACCCUCAGAACCUGCCCAUCGGUGCAGACUGUGUUGGUUCACUCAAGCUCACCUACAUCUCUAAGGUCAGCGAUGCCACCAAGCAGAGGCCCAAAGCAGAGUUUUGCUUUGUCAUCAACGCUGGGAUGAGGAAGUUCUUCCUUCAGGCCAAUGAUCAGCAGGACCUUGUCGACUGGGUCAACGCUCUCAAUAAAGCCACCAAGAUCACUGUGCCAAAGUCGUCAGAAAGCCAGCAGAAUUCAGAAAACCAGAAAAUUUUGCCAGACGUCGUCGGGCCCAAGAAGCAGGUUUCCUACAGGACGGACAUAAUCGGUGGAGUUCCCAUCAUAACCCAAACCCAGCAUGAAGGCGGAGACGGCGCGAACCGAUCAGAGCGCGAGGCGCUGCAGCGCUCCCACAGCCAGCUGCCGUACUUCCUGGGCAGGCCGGCUCAGGAACAGAGUGUCAUCAAGUCAGGCUACUGUGUGAAGCAAGGAGCCGUGAUGAGGAACUGGAAGCGUCGCUACUUCCUCCUUGAAGAAAACGCUAUGAGCUACUUCAAGUCAGAUUUGGAGAAAGAGCCUCUGAGGAUGAUCCCACUAAAGGAGGUUCAUAAGGUCCAGGAGUGCAAACAGAGUGACAUCAUGAUGAGAGAUAAUCUCUUUGAAGUCGUCACCACAUCGAGGACGUUUUAUAUCCAGGCGGACAGCCCGGUGGAGAUGCACAGUUGGAUAAAGGCCAUCUCAGGGGCGAUAGUAGCCCAGCGGGGACCUGGGAGGUCGGCUGCCACAGAACACGGCAACCGUCCCGCGUUCUACCGCAGCCCAGCGGCUGCCGCCGUCCCUCGCGCGCCCGUACCUGCCGUGCCACCAUGCAACCCAGAGCGGGCCGAUGCUGUCGCGUGCGGCGCACGCCCGCAGCCUGGCGUGGGACAGCGAGCACUUCAUGAGCCUGCUGCCGCGCCCUGUUCACAGCCACGCGCCAGCACGCCUGUCCCUGCAGGAGACGCGCCUCGCAAAGUGACCUCCCAGCCUCCCGCCAGCAUGACCGUGGCGAGCUCCGAGGAGUCGCCGUGGAGACGUCGAAGCAGCUUCGAGCCCCAGGCGCCCCAGACCCAUCUGGACAUUGAUGACGAGGAUCUGCCAGUGAGCGAGGUCUGACCACCGACUCUGAGCUGGGCUUUGAAAGCCUCCGUCGUGUCUUGAGGGAUCUCUCCCCCGCCGCCCCUCGGAUAAACAGGACACACCGUGAGCCCGGGCUUUGGUUUGCUAAACCAAAGCUGUAACACAAACUCAUCGUCGGAGCGCUUCCAUCGAUACCGCCGACCCGCACUCUUCUGACCCAGCGUUCACCCAAACUCCCGGACUCUGGACGGGGUCCGAGCCAAGCUACACGUUUGACUUGUUCUGAAUGAAAUUCAGCGUCAGAGCUUCAUUUUCACACACGUAGGCACAGAGAUCUUUUUUUUUUUUUUUUUGAUAAUCUACUUUGUGCCAACUAAAUAAGGAAGCUUUGAACAAUACAAGCUUUUCCCCUCUGUGUCUGAGAAGGGUUUUUAAACUUUAGAGUUGCUUUUUGUUGUUUUGUUUUUUUAAAUCCACUAAUGCUAGACAUCCCGGUUCAUUCACACUAAACAAACUGACACUGGAUAAAACGGUAAGAAGCCAAAUGUAUUCUUGCUUGAAAAUCUUCCACUGACCUCUUUGUUUUCAAGUGUCUCUUGAGUUUAGUCUGCAUUUAUAGCUGCAUACAUCUUAACGUGUAAAGCUGCCUUCACUUGUUCUUUCUCCCGCCUCUAGUCGGUGUUUAUAGAGAAUCAAAUCAGAGGCUGAAUCAGCUUCUUCUUCAGACUACAUUUUCGUACGCCUUGCUUUGUGUGCUUUGCUGCGUUUUAGGUGAAAAAGCGUUCAACUCGUGUGCAUUUUGAACUAAACGGUAAGAGUCACCCCCACACCUCAACCUCACAGAAAACAUAAAAACACUGAAAUUAGUCACUCGCUUCAUUUGCAUGCAGAUAUCUCAACCACUCUUCAGGUGAUCUUUGUUUGUGUGUUGUUGUUUAUUUACAGACCUGUUUGUUGUUGUUGAGUUGGCAGAUUUGUUUUAAAUGCUUUUAGAUUUGAGUUUUCUUGUAUCUGUACCUUCAGUAUAAUUCUAAGCAGCUACCUGACGGUGUUAUUGAAAAAAAAAAAAAAAUCACUGUAAUCCUACUAGAUAAUGCACACUCAUCUUUAUUUUUCUUUUAAGUGCCUGUCUUACUUCAGUUUACUAGACUCAAGCUAUUUCACUCCCAUUUCAGUCUGGUGUUUGAAUUGUUUCUAUUUAUUAAGUGGAUGACUUGAAAGAAAUAAACACUGAAAAUGUG